GCGCUGCGAGCGCUGAGCGGCGCAAGGAGAUGCUAGAGGGCGCCGCGCCGCCAGCACCAUGCGCCCAUCGCCUGCGCUCGCCCUGGCCGGGCUCUGCCUGCUGGCGCUGCCCGCCGCUGUCGCCGCCUACUUCGGCCUCACUGGGCGGGAGGUCCUGACGCCCUUCCCAGGGCUGGGCACUGCUGCUGCCCCAGCACAGGGUGGGGCCCACCUGAAGCAGUGUGACUUGUUGAAACUGUCCCGGCGGCAGAAGCAGCUGUGCCGGAGGGAGCCUGGCCUGGCUGAGACCCUGAGAGACGCUGCACACCUUGGCCUGCUUGAGUGCCAGUUCCAGUUCCGACAUGAGCGCUGGAACUGCAGCCUGGAGGGGAGGACAGGCCUGCUUAAGAGAGGUUUCAAAGAGACGGCCUUCCUGUAUGCAGUGUCCUCAGCCGCCCUCACCCAUGCACUGGCCCGGGCCUGCAGUGCCGGGCGCAUGGAGCGCUGCACUUGUGACGACUCUCCAGGCCUGGAGAGCCGGCAGGCCUGGCAGUGGGGCGUGUGUGGUGACAACCUCAAAUACAGCACCAAGUUCCUGAACAACUUCCUGGGGCCCAAGAGAGGAAGCAAGGACCUGCGGGCACGGGCAGAUGCCCACAACACCCAUGUGGGCAUGAAGGCUGUGAAGAGUGGCCUCCGGACCACGUGUAAGUGCCAUGGCGUGUCGGGCUCCUGUGCCGUGCGCACCUGCUGGAAGCAACUCUCCCCAUUCCGUGAGACAGGCCAGGUGCUGAAGGUGCGCUAUGACUCAGCUGUCAAGGUGUCCAGCGCCACCAAUGAGGCCUUGGGACGCCUAGAGUUGUGGGUACCCGCCAGGCCGGGAAGCCCUAACAAGAGCUUGGCUCCCCGGCCUGGGGACCUGGUCUACAUGGAGGAUUCACCCAGCUUCUGCAGGCCCAGCAAAUACUCUCCCGGCACAGCAGGCAGGGUGUGCUCUCGGGAGGCCAGUUGCAGCAGCCUGUGCUGUGGGCGGGGCUACGACACCCAGAGCCGCCUGGUGGCCUUCUCCUGCCACUGCCAGGUGCAGUGGUGCUGCUACGUGGAGUGCCAGCAGUGUGUACAGGAGGAGCUUGUGUACACCUGCAAGCACUAGGCCUGCUGCCCAGCGAGUCCGCCUGACUGCGGGACCUCCCGCAGUGCCCAUCCAGCUGUCCAGCGGACCCUCGGGCAGGGCCAAGCACCACUCUGGGUACUGGGCACAGCAGUGAAUGAGACUAAGCUCCUGCCUGGUCUGAGGGCUGACAGCUUACUGAGGAAAAAAGACAACAAGCCAA